CUCAUUUCGGCCUGAGGUUGGUAAUCGGUGUUUCUUUUCUACGCGCUGACGUCAACUUAGUGCGUGGGCUCCGGUCCAGGGCGGCGGAGAACAUGGCGGUUUGUACAGGAAUUAAGGUUCCUCGUAAUUUUCGAUUAUUGGAAGAACUUGAAGAAGGGCAGAAAGGUGUAGGAGAUGGCACAGUCAGCUGGGGCCUUGAAGACGACGAAGAUAUGACUCUCACUAGGUGGACAGGAAUGAUAAUUGGGCCACCCCGGACAAACUUUGAAAAUAGAAUUUACAGCUUGAAAAUAGAAUGUGGACCUAAAUAUCCAGAAGCCCCUCCAACAGUUAGAUUUGUAACAAAAAUGAAUAUGAAUGGAAUAAAUAAUUCAAAUGGAGUGGUGGAUACACGAAGCAUACCUGUUUUAUCUAAGUGGCAAAAUUCUUAUAGCAUUAAAGUUGUUCUUCAGGAACUUAGACGCCUGAUGAUGGCCAAAGAAAAUAUGAAGCUUCCACAACCUCCAGAAGGACAAUCCUACAAUAAUUAAUUAACAAAGGAAAAUGUCCAUUCUUCUUCCUUAGCCCCCUCCCAACACACACAAAUUUUAUAGGGGCUUGUAAUGUUUAAAGUUGCAUGCCUCUUCCACUUUGAGAGGGUUAACCCUUUCAACCCUGACCAGCCUCUUUUGGCACAAUUUGCACAUGACUCAUUCUAUGUCAGAACGUGUCCACCAGUUAUGAAGACUUAUUGAAUGGCUGUUCAUCAUGGAUUCUUUAUACAUCUGUUACUAAGUCUACAACUCUUAUUGCAACCUGACUAUAGUGUGUCCCCAAGACACAGAUACAAGUAUAAAAAAAUAGAGUCAGGGGUGAAGGGGUUGCAAAUUCAUAUUAUAAUAGGGAUUGUCUUUCACAGAGUAUUUACACAUGGGCAUUUCUAAAGAGCAGCAGUUCAUGUUCUGAUAUUAACUGAAAAAUAAAGUCCCUCUGUUUACUUUAUUAUACUUUGAGAUGUAGCCAAUUAUAAAUAGAGGCCUGUUGAACAUGGGAUUGUUCUUACAACAAUCUUAUUGCUUACAUUUUCUGCUCUUCACUAUCUUUAUUUUAAAUAUACUUCAGAACAAUUUAUUCAUGAAAGCUCCAAAAUGAUGCAUUAACCUAAAUUGGUUACUUCCAGUCCAUUGUGUAUCAUUCACAGACUAUGCACACACGCAAACACACUUUUUUUUUAAUCACCUAAAUGUGUUUACUGUAGUAGCAGGUUCUCAAGGCUGGUCUUUGCCUAGGGAGAGAUCAACACAGUGCUGUAUCUAGAUAAUUGGCAAGAAGUAGCUUUUGGGAGCAAGCGUCUGUGCUCAUAUUGGCUUAAGCAGUACAGUCAUUACAUUUGUUACAUGUAGAUAUACAUUAUCUAGGUGUAAACAUGGACUGGAGGUAAUAAACUGACGAGUACAUCAAUUCCUUUUAAGGAACACAAAAUAUACAGUAAACAUUCAAACAUAAGCAUUUAUUAUGUCAGAAUGCCUGCUCCUACACAGUCAAAGGGUUUUUUAGCAUGUUUCACUCACCUACAACUCUGGAUGUGUCAUCUUGUAUUUAAAUAUCAAUUUGUUGUUAUUUAUUUUUUUUCUUUUUAGCUAGUAAACUUGAUUUUGUAUUUUAAUUUAAUUGGUUAGUGAAACAUGACAUUGUUUUAAUAUAGAAGUGAUUCCACAAAACCAAGUUACUUAAAAUAAUAUUGAUCCUAUGCUGAAAAGGCACACUUGCCUGGUGUGUUCUUUUUUGCAACCACAAGGGGGCUUUCUUGGUUUAUCAGUCAUACUUUUUUCAAAAGAGAGAAAAUCAUAUUGUGUAGUGUCAUUUGGUUCACUCAGUGUUGCAGGAACUUCAAUCAGAGGAUAGCAAGAACAGCGUAUCUCAGUCAUAAUUGUGUUGAUAUUAAUCAUCUGUUUCACACACCUGUAUAUUCAGGCACAGGACAAAGUGGAAGGCUGUUAAACACCCUUGUGUUUCUUUACACAAAAUGCCUUUUUUUUUUUUUUUUUUGUAUGUCUGUCGUAUAAAGGUUUCACAACAUAAAGGCAUGGAAGUUAGUUUGCUUUUGAGUAAUUUUAUGUUUCAUAAAGAACUAAAAAUGUAAACAGAUUGUAUUGCUAUUGCUUGGGAAGGAAUAUGAAGUUUACAUUUUAAAGUAGAUAAUUUGAUGGGUACAGUUUUUUUUAAGCCAUUUGUUAGUAAUGUCAUUGUAGUAAGGCUUGAUCUUGCUGUAUUUAUGAAUAAUAGGAUUGAUUUCUGUAAAGCAGUUGAAGCUUAAUACAUAUAACAUACAACAAACCUUCAAUUACAAACUUUCCCAAAUGUUGCAUUCAAGUUUUAGUGCCACAGACUAUGGAGGGGAAACAGGUAAACUGAAAAUGUGAUGUUUUAAGUUUCCAGCUAGUCCUGCAAUGUAAAUAAAAUGUGGAAAGUGAUAAUUGUUUUUUUUCCCCCUUUUUUUCCCUCUAAAAGCAAACAUUGCUUAUUUAGGUUUGGUAAAUUACUGCACUUUAUUUGUUUUUUUUUCUAAGUCAUGAUCUGCAAUCAGAAAUUCCACUUGCAUUGAUUUCAAAAGUAUAAUCUUUUGACAUUUGCGUUUCCCCCCAGACAUGUUAUAAAGAACUUGCUUUGCUUAGACUUAUAUACGAGUCUUCAAUUGAAACUAAAAAUUGUAGUUUACUCUAUGAGAAACUUGACUGCAUUUAUAUAUCUUAAAUGCACAGGGAUAUCCGAUUCCCUUUUUUUUUUUUUUAACACCACAUUUAUAUAUCUUAAAGGCACACGGAUAUCUAAUUCCUUUUUUUUUUUUCAACACCACAUUUAUAUAUCUUAAAUGCAUAGGGAUAUCAGAUUCCUUUUUUUUUAACACCACAUAUAUUAUUACAUGGUUGCAUUUGCUUUUGUGUUGCCUAACCCCUUCCCUCUCUAUAUACACCCACACUUUGUGCGGUGAUCAUGCUGUUCUAUUAGCACUAGAUCAGAAAUAAAGCUUCAAAUUCAGGUUCCCAAUAAGCUGUACCAAGCAGACCAAACCACAUACAAUGCAUAAGUGGAUUGCAAAGAUACCAGUUAUCCAGAUUUCCCUGUGAGGGCUUCUAAGCAGCUGCUCCAUGUGCCAAAUGAAAUGCCCAGUCCUUACAAUACUUAAUCUGUCUUGAAAGUACAAUGGUAAUCGAUACAAAAGAGGAAAUGUUAAACUAAUAACAUAGGUAAUCUACUAUUCUAUAAUAUAAGCAGCAACCUAAUAAACAAAUAUACAAUUUGAUGCUGGUGCAAGACACAAAAAAUAUCCUAAUUUUUGAGUGAUGCACCCACUGUGACUGGUUCAGAGCUUCAUCUAUUGGAAGAACUUUACAAACACCUAUGUUAAAUACAAAGCCAAGUUGCUAUGUCAUAUGAUAAUAAAUAAAACACACUCACUUGGGGAACAGCUGUCAUCUUACUGAAUAUCAUCCAUUUCAGUUAGUGCUUUGCGGAAACCCAAGUAUUAUAGACAAAUCAUUAUUUCCACAGUAAUCAUUACUUUCAACUUGUGCUGUUUUGUGCAGUCUGAGCUCACUGCAGAUGUGACCAUCACUUACUAAACCAUCUGAACACUCAGUGAAUAGGCUCUGCAGGGCAGCAGUGCACGCUACUGCAAAUGCCUUGGUAAAAAAGAUGAAAUUAUAGCAUUUGAGCAUGAAUAUUCAUUUUAUAAAGUUAUUUACUAUAUUUUACUUUUUUUUUUUUUUGAGACCUAAAAGCAACAUGAGUUUUAACUUUAUUUUUAACACUAAAAAAAAAAAUAUGAAAGAACACAAGUUUGUGUGCAGAUGACUGAAUUAAACUAUGUGUAGGGCUCAUGCAUUAUACCCAUACACCUGAGCAAGGUAUGAACAUGAGGUGAACACUACACUGCUGUGUUCAUAAGUAAUGCACAUACAGCAAUCCUGCUUCUGUUUAUGGAGAUAUAAUAGCUGGUAACUAUUUGGGUACAUUUUUAGUGUCUGUAUUAAAGCUAUUGCUCAUGCUUACUUUGUCCCUUCAUUGAAAGUAAAUGCUGCACAGAUAUGCUACUACAUCUUCAUUUUCCAAGAUGGAAUAGGUCUUGUAAUCAAUAUGCAGAUUCAGACUGCAGAGCCAAAUAGCCCUGGCGUUUACUGUGUAGAUAGUUCUGUGUUGCAAGCAUAUUAAAGCAAUGUCUUCUGUAUGGUGACCUUAACAUUGGAUCAGAAUAAAGUACUCCAGGUACUGCAUGAAUGUAUUUACAUAGCAAUGAAAUGAGAACUACUAAGGGUGUAAAUAAACACUGAAAAGAAUAAACUGAUUAAAGAUAUUUCAAAUGGUUA